AUGACAGUGCAAACAAAGACCGAGGACUGUCCUGUUUGUCAGUCUUCAGACGACGCAGGUCCUGGAUCCGAUCUCGUUUAUGGCUGGAUUGGCUGCGAGCUGUGCCAGCGAUGGUUCCAUCCAUCCUGUGUCAAAUUGUCUGCUCAUGAAAUUGAAACAAUAGGCGAGUAUCACUGUCCGGACUGUUCCCCCAAGCACGGCCCGUCGGUGCUCAAACGUAAAUCAAACCGUUCGCGGAAGAAAAUUGACUACAUUGCGCUGAACGAGGGGCAGCAGCUUCGUGAAAUUGACAAGCAUCCGCACAUCGACAACUUCAACAUGUUUGAAAACGAUAGACCCCUGGAAAACCUUAUAUACAUUGUUCGUCCAGAGGUGGAUGGCAACGAACACGGAAUAGUGACAGACAGCAAGCUCACGCAGAUAAUCUUUGAGACACAAUUGAAGCGGCCAAUUCUUGUUCCGGCAUGCAAUCCCGCACUCCCAAACUACAAGAACUGCUACGAUCUGACGUUCAAGUUUCCCAGAUUGACAGUGGACCAGAUUGCGGAACAGGUGGGACUCGACAAGGAGUUGCCGGUCAUGGAUGUGCUCACUCAAAACAACUCGCCCAACUGGACGCUCGGCAAGUGGAGAGACUAUUUUAAUUCGAAAGCUCAAGAUCGAGAUCGGAUACGCAACGUGAUCAGCUUGGAAGUGUCGCAAACGAAACUGAACAACGAGAUAGAAUUGCCCAAAUCAGUGCUGGACAUAGAUGUGGUGAAUAAGAUCUUCUCGGCCUGCAAAUCAGAGCUGGAAGCGCACGAGAUCGAAAAACCCAAAGUCAGCAAAUAUAUCCUCAUGUCUGUCAAAGACUCGUUUACCGACUUCCAUAUCGAUUUUGGAGGAACUUCCGUGUACUACACGAUCUUGCAGGGCCACAAGCAGUUUCUGAUGUUCCCUCCAACGAAAAGAAACCUUGCAGUAUACGAAAGGUGGUGCUUGUCAGAGGACCAGAACUCGUUCUGGUUUGGCGAUCUCGUGCCUCCAACAAAACCAGGCAAAGAGCCUAUAGAUCCGGCCUAUAUGAACAACGGGGUGAAAAUCGACAUCGACGCCGGCGACCUGCUUAUUCUCCCCUCUGGCUGGAUCCAUUCAGUCUACACGCCGUGCGACUCCAUCAUUGUGGGCGGUAAUUUUCUCAACAUGCUGAGCCUGAAAAAUCAUCUGGAGGUGUACAAAAUCGAGAUUGACACCAAGGUGCCUGAGAAGUUCAAGUUCCCAAACUUCAUCAAAGUCAUCUGGCUUAUCGGCUGGUUUGUGAUGAAAUACAAUAACCUGUCAGAGUUCGAGCUGCAAUGUCUCGAAAACCUCAUUCCUUUCUACAAGAGCCAGCUCCAGGAUAUCGAAAACAUUGACGCGGCAGACAAAUACCAUAAGCGUGUCAUAAACAGGUUAAAGAGCUCCUUGCCGACCAGCGUGGUCGGCAAACCUGCGGAUUUCGUAGCAGAGUUCGAGCGCUGGUACUCUCUACAAACGAAAAAACGCAAGUACGAAGACAUGUAA